UAAGUAUACAUGCACCCCCUCCUUUUCCAAUAUUUUAAAAUAAAUUAUCCAUCUGUCAAACUGCAUUUUAAAAAAAUUGUGACAUUUAUAACACUAAUGAACACAACUGUUUUGUUUCCGAACUUCAUCUAAGAUAUUUCAUAAAUUACAACUGUCGAUGGAAUUCGAAUAGAAAACAUCGAUUUUUGAAAUAGAUGCGAUACAUUAUGUAGCGCUCAAAAACACGUUAGUUUUAUAUAUUAGUGUUAGUUUUUUUUGUUUUUUUUUUAAUGUAAAUUGACUAAUGGCUAUUUUACCAUUUGACACCACGUUUUUUAAAAUAUAUAUAUAUAUAUUUAAAAAAAGGGGGGGGGGGGCUAUCAACGUUUUAAUUAUGUCCCGGUAAUCUCGCACUUGCUCGCGAGACAUGUUCAUUGACGCGCAAGAGUCAUCAAAGCGCGAUAACUCUGACGGGCUGGUAAUAGGAAGUAUUGAAUUGAAUAUUGGGACAGAUCAGAUGGUCUGUCUCAGUAUUUUCUUAGAGAGCUACAGAUCUGCAGCUAAAGCAUAUACAUUAAUUGAGAAUAUUUCAAGAAAUCAUGUUGGCAACAUUUCUAACCUCAGUUGUUUGACAUGUGGUAUCACCCGACCGCAAUGCCCACACAUACAAUUAUUUUGAAAUCAUGUGAAUAAUCUACAAACAAUUUUGCAUAUUUUAUAUCUAUAAAAAAUGAGCUACAAAUUAAGUUGCAAUUAGGUUUUUUUUUUUUUUUUUCGAACAGGCAUUUUUCGAUGCAAUAUAAAGUCAGUGGCGGAUUUAAGGAGGGGGCCCCCUAAAAUUUUCAAAAUUAAGGUAAAUUGUGGUCUCUUGUUUAGAAAAAUGUAAAUGAUCAAAGAAGCAAUAAUUUCUUCCACUCUCGGAGAAAUGAAUUGACAAAAUCUUUUGAUUUAUUGAAUUACUUUUAUUGGGAGAACUUCCUUUUUUUUCUUUCAAAAACCCUUAAAAUUUACGUCAUUUCAUUAAUUUCAACUUAUUAAAAAUGACAGAAAAUGCUUAGGAGACAUAUUUCAAGCCCUAUAAAAUCUGUAAAAUCCAGAAGCUUCCGGGGGCUCUGCCCCCUGGGCCCCCACCAGGGCUUCACCCUGGAUUCACCGGGGGCCUCAAGGCGGCCCCCAGACCCUCUGUCUCAUAAUCUUGCCCCCCCCCCCCAACCGCAAUUCCUGGAUCCGCCCCUGAUAGUAAAAAAUGAAAUUAUGACUCACUUAUGGCCAGGUCUAUACAUUUUGAUAAAAAGUAUGUGCAUGGAUGACACGUAAAGUACAGGUAUGCACACAUUAAUACUUUAAUCUCUAUUACUGUGUCAAUGUUUGUCAGAUCUGUUUUAUUCCGAGUUGUCACCGAGAUAACAGCGCUAUGGGUGACCUGUAUGGUUAUACAUUGUGACUCAUGGCUGUAGUACGUUAAAUCCAGCGAGAGCAGGAAUGGAUGACGUUACACUCGCCUCUGCUCAACACUUCAUACUUUGUACACUGUGUGAUGGAAACGUUGAAUAUCACUGCAAUACGUGUCAUGAUGACCUUUGUUCGACUUGUAGGAGAGGUCACCUGAGGAGUAACGCCACGAAACAUCACGAUGUCGUCAUCUACAGCGAGAAAAAGGUAGAUUCAAACCCUGAGGAAAAAUGGGCACAGACGGAGCACAAAGACCCCAAGGGAGAAGACAAUGAAUCCAAAAUCCCUACAAGAAGAAAUAGUGAAACAGGAGUGAGAACAGUACAUUCAGAAUCUGUGACAGAGAAGAGCAGACCCAAUGAAGAAAACGUUGACAUUUCUGUUACAGAGCUUAGAAAGGAUGAUGUAUCACUGAAGCCGGCACAAUGUGCAAAAAAGGACGAUAACAGUAAAAUUACAAAAACAGUUGAAAAGGGGAAAUUCUCAGCUCAGUAUGCCACCGAAAUCUUAUCAACGACUACCUUCCCCGAAUCCAAAGACAGUUCAAAUGAUGAUAAACCAGAUCUAGUGUCGGCUCAGUGGGCCAUUGUCACACAGUCUGACGAAUCGUCCGACCUUAUCCCCACUUUGACAUGGGAGACAACCAUCCGUCUGCCAAUAUUGAACUCCAUGUCAGGAUGUCAUAUCUCGAGUGUUCCCUCCAAUAAAAUAUGGGUUAGCGAUGUGAGUGGUUCUCUACACCUGUUGGAUCUCCAUGGAAACGUCCUGGAAACUUUACAAACCAGAAGCGGUGCUGGUUUUCACACAGUGACAUCAGAUGGAGUGCUUCUUUACACUGACACAGAAAACAAACGAAUUCUCAAAGUUCAGAUCAAACAAACAAGUUCACGUGUUUUUAAAACAAGCAUACAGGCGGUCACUUUCAGGAAAACUGGAAAUUGGACGCCCCUUUGCAUUUUUUCCUCGCGCUAUACGGGAGAUCUUCUCGUAGGAAUGUUAAACGGGGGACGCGCCAUGGUGAUGCGGUAUGACUGCAAGGGAAAUGAAAAACAACAGAUUGAGUUUGACUACAACACAGCCCUUUACAGUCUUCCUCAGUUUGUGACAGAAAGCGCGAACUUAAACAUUAUUACAUCAGACCGGACGGCAGUGGUGGCGGUAGAUCUCAAUGGUGGGAAGCGGUGGUCCUACUCCGGUCCCACUAAAACUGGAAGCGGGUUUCUCCCUGCUGGAAUAUGCUGCGACAUGCUCUUGAACAUCGUUAUAUUCGAUAUCUACAGCAACAACGUGUAUUUGUUGGACCGGGAUGGUGAAUUUUUGGGGCGCCUGUUGGUAUUGGGUAAUUCCUGGACUCCACAAGGACUAUGUUUUGAUGAAGAAAACCGGUUGUAUUGUGGUGAUCGCUCAAGAAUUCUGGUGUACAAGUAUGAACACACUAUGGCUUGAUCGAUUUCACACAACUUAUUAACGUACAAUAUAUCAUCAUCAUCCAUUUUGAUUAUCCAUGCCAAAUUUAUCCAUUUGCAAGGGCGAGGCCUGACUGUCCUGUCAAGGUCGAAGUUUGUUUUUCCAUUAUUGGUAAUCCAAUGGAUUGAUCCUAUCCAAUCCUGUAGUCUCUAGAUCUCGUUUUACAAAUUCAUCUGAUGUCAGCUUUGGUCUACCUGGAACUCGAUAUCCAGUGACAUUCAAUGUACGAACCUGUGAUAUCCAACCUGUACUGCGCUCAACAUAGCCUAACCAUUUCAGCCUACAUGUCUGGAUAACAUCAGUGAUGUGUCUUAUGUUAAACUGAGUAAUAAGAGACUCAAAGGUGUCAUUCACUUCAGGAUUGAAAAGGAAGAUCCAUCUUAUCAUGGUUUUGUUGUUGCCUAUUAGUUUCCUUUGAAAGGCGGCUGUUCAUGCCCAUGCUUCGGAACUAUAUAGCAACACAGGUCUAAUGUAGGUUAAAUACAGAUGACCUCUGGUUGUGAUUGCCAGAUGUUUGUUCGUCUGGUUUGGAAGAAGCUCUUUGAAUUUCUUCCAAGCAGACUUACAUCGUGUUGUUGCUGCAAGCUCACACCCCCUUCAGAUGACAAAAUGUCUCCAAGGUAACAGAAGUCUGCUACAACUUCAAGUGUGUGCUCACCAAUUUUUACUUCUGUUAUGGGCCUACCAUCUAUAGGUCGUGCGAGUCCAUGACAGCACGGGCACUUGUAUCUUAGAUCAGGUUUAAGAGGACCAUUGAUUCCACUAUUUUCCUAAGGACCCAGCAUGAGCAGCUGUUACAGAAGAUGGAGUUCCUGCCUGUGCCUUUUAGGCAGACUGGACAUUGGUACUUUCCUGAUCUUCUCAUCGAUUCCAUAUUCAAGCCUGAUAUCAUUACUUUGGUCUUGUCCACGUUGACCCCGAGUUCUUUCUCCUCCAAACAUUUUUCCCUCUUGGCCACUCUUUCGAUCAGCGACUCAAAGGAGGAGUCAACAGCUGCUAGAUUGUCAGCAUACAGGAGCUCCCAAGGCAGCUUGUACUAAAUUGGAGUGAUGGUGCGUACAGUACAAUGACUGCAACGGACUCAGAAGAGAACCUUUAUGAACACCAACCUUGACAUUAAGCUCGUCACUAUAGCCAUCUCCUACACGAACGUCGACCUCUUGCAUCGGAGUACAUGAUCUGCAUAAUCUUGACUAACCAUUCACCAUUGCCUAGUUUGCGCAUCGCCCAUCAGAUGAUUUUCCUAGGUACUCGCUCGAACGCUUAGUAUAGGAGUUUGUUGGCUGCGAUGUGUUUUUACUGUAUUCCUUCCAAUAUACUUGGAAUAAAUCAUCCGACUGUAGGACAAGAAUUUUAUGAAAGGUGAAGAUAACGAACAGUAAUCAAUCCCAUGACUUCUUUAAGCAAUACAAAAUAGAUGGGUGGGCAAACACGGACCCCAUGGCACAUCAGAGGUGGUAUUAGGUGUUUAGGAGGAGUAAGUAUCCCGUCGACCGGUCAUAUCCGCCGUGAACCAUAUAUCUUGAUCAGGUAAACGGAGUUAUCCGUAGUAAAAACCAGUGUGCCAAGAACGGUCUAGCAAUCCUCAUGAAACACGCCAGGCAGCAUUUCACCCAGUGAUAGGUUGUACUGACAAACUAGAUCGUUAUAACGACCGUCGUUUUUGCGAAAUGCUGAAUUUAAUCGAGACUGUUGAAACCCCUGUACCAUCAACUUGUUUGUCAGAGGCUUGCCUCGAUUUAAAAACUGACCAUACACAGAACAUGGUCUUGCGUAUUGAAUCAGAUGAGGGAUAUAAAGACUAUAUACAGGUGAAAAUGGAAUAUUGCUACAUAAAUAUGGGAAGUUGACGAUGGAGAAGCUAAAAUCAUUCCGUUUGUCAUACAGCUGAGUUGUCAGUUUGCCGUUAAUGUUUACUUUCAAUAAAAUAUCGAAGUAUGAA